AUGUCGACUGAUAAUGGAGCUAAGCCCACGCCCGUCGCCAUCGUGGGAAUGGCGUGCAGGCUACCUGGCCAAGUAAAUAGCUUGGAAUCAUUCUGGGAAUUGUGUUCCCGCGGCCGAAGUGGAUGGUCAGAGAUGCCAAAGAGUCGCUUCAAUGCGGAUGGUUUUUAUCACCCAAAUCCCGACCGUACUGGAUGCUUCAACCCUAAAGGUGGUCACUUUCUAGACGAAGAUGUCGCAUUCUUCGACGCUCCUUUCUUCAAUAUCACUGUACAGGAAGCGCGCUCCCUCGAUCCGCAGCAACGACUACUGCUCGAAUGUUCAUAUGAGGCGCUAGAAAAUGGUGGAAUAACCAAACAAUAUCUUCAAGGUCGUGAUGUCGGUGUUUUUAUCGGCGGCUCUCCGUCAGACUACGAAGUGAACAAUCUCCGCGACGUUGCAACAAUUCCUAUGCAUCAGACUACAGGAUGCGCGACAUCUUUGCAAUCGAAUCGCAUCUCAUACUACUUUGAUUUGAAGGGUCCUAGUAUGACCGUGGAGACGGCGUGUUCAUCCAGCUUGACUGCCUUGCACUUGGCAUGCCAGAGCCUCCGAUCCAAGGAAUGUUCGACGGCUUUGGUUGGUGGGUGUCAUAUCAAUCUGCUCCCUGACACUUUUGCAUCUAUGUCGCUAUCGAGGCUGUUUUCCGAGAGCGGGAAGAGUUUUCCAUUCGAUCAGCAAUCAAAGUCACAGACAGUGAAUGGGUAUGGUCGAGGCGAAGGAGUAGGAUGUAUAGUUUUGAAACCGCUGCAAGAUGCGAUUGACGCGGGUGAUGCGAUCCGAGCGGUCAUUUGGAAUACCGGCGUGAACCAGGAUGGUCGAACCCGAGGCAUCACUAUGCCCAACAGUGCUUCUCAGGAGGAGCUCAUUCGUACGGUUUAUCGACAAGCACAAAUUGAUCCCGCCAAAACUGGUUAUGUCGAAGCGCAUGGAACGGGCACCACUGUUGGCGACCCGGCAGAAGCACGCGCAUUAUCUUCCGUUUUGUGUCAGGGAAAGGAUCGCAAAAGCCCUCUCUUAAUAGGUUCUGUGAAAUCAAACGUUGGACAUGCAGAGGGAGCGAGUGGAAUUGUCGCCGUGAUCAAAACCGCUCUGAUGUUGGAGAGAGGAUUUAUUCUACCCAACUGUGGUGUGACCGAGCCCAACGAUGAGAUUCCGAUGAAGGAAUGGAACAUGAAGGUCCCCAAAAAGGUUACCCCGUGGCCGAGAGGAAAAGAAUAUGCCAGCGUUAAUAACUUCGGGUACGGAGGCACGAAUGCCCACGUUAUCAUGGGUAAACCACCCGUCAUUCAACCUUCGAAGACUACCUCCGAGAUAGCAUUAAAGGAGGGUUCGAUCAGUCAAGGCAAAGAGCAACACGCAGCACGCUACGUAUACGCGAUUUCAGGGCCUAACAAGAGAGCCGUGGGGGCGCUGGCCAAGAACGUGGCCACGUACCUUGAAAAACACCCAGACGCAUUUGACGCAUUCGUGAUGAGCAAUCUGGCUUACACACUUGGUCAGAGGCGCAGCUUAUUCUCUUGGAGAACAGCAGUCUCUGCUUCGACAAGCAAAGAAUUGAUCGCGCUUUUGUCUGCCGAUUUGGACCCCUUCAACGUUUCGGAUGAUCCAUCAAUCUCUCUUGUAUUUACGGGGCAAGGUGCUCAAUGGUAUGGAAUGGGCCGAGAACUCCUUGGAGCUUCGCCAGUCUUUUUUGGAGCAAUUCAGGCCGUGGAUAAAGUCUUGAAGACUCUGAAGAGUGAAAUUUCCAUCAUUGAGGAACUCCAAAAAGACUCAUCUAAAAGCUCUCUUUAUGAGCCAUAUCUGAGUCAACCUGCCUGUACCGCCCUCCAGAUUGCACUUGUUGAUCUUCUUCGCUCCUGGGGUGUCUCCGCCGCCUCAGUUAUCGGACAUUCUAGUGGAGAGAUUGCGGCUGCCUACGCCGCAGGUAUACUUACGACGGAGCAAUGUGUACGCAUUGCAUUUGCUCGAGGUGCCGCAGCACAAGCCCUCAAGGACGACCCGCUCCAAACAGAAGGAAUGAUGAUGGUUGCUGGUGCCAGCCCGGCAAGACUACGGCCAUUUAUUGAUGAGGUAUCAGGCGGGCGUGCCGUGAUUGCAUGUGUCAAUAGCGAAUCAAGUGUCACGAUCUCGGGCGAUGCGGCUUCAAUCACGAAGCUGGAUUCUGUCUUAAGUCAACAAGAUAUUUUCACUCGAAAACUCCGCACUGGUGUCGCUUAUCACUCGCCUCACAUGAAACAAAUUGCUGGAAGUUAUAGAAAGCUCAUGGGCAAGAUUGUUCCUCAAGAGUCGACAAUCCCAUUCCACUCCACCGUCCGCGGCAAGGUUCUUGAUGCGUCUUUCUUAACUGAAGAUUACUGGAUUGAGAAUCUCACUUCACCAGUUCUAUUCUCGCAGGGUCUGCAAAGCUUAGUUUCGGCAAACGAACCUAUUUCCGGAAAACGGAGUCAUCUUCUGAUUGAGAUUGGGCCGCACCCCGCACUACAAUCUCCCUGUCAAAGCAUCACCCGCCAGGCAGCGACAACAGUUGACUUCCAGUACCUGUCAAGCAUCAAACGGAAUACAGACUCCCUGCAAGCCAUACAAACUCUUGCCGGUACGCUGUUUUCUCGAGGAGCCCCUGUUGACCUGGGUGCUAUCAACGCCUUUGCCGCGUUUGGAAAACAUCCGCAACUAUUGACCAACCUGCUCAACUAUCCAUGGGACCACUCCACUCGACUUUGGCACGAUUCACGCAUAUCCAACAACUCAAGUCAUCCUCAAUUCCCCCGCAAUGACAUCUUGGGUAGCUUCUCCGUGGAGAACAUUGAUCUGGAGCCGCGUUGGAGAAAUGUCAUUCGCGCUGAUGAUCUCCCAUGGGUUAGGCAGCACAAGGUCCAUGGCAAUUCCGUGUACCCAAUGACAGGCUUCUUGUCAAUGGCAGUAGAAGGUGUUGCUCAACUGGCACAGUUGCAAAAUAUUCAGCUCGAUUGUGUGGAAUUGCGGGAUGUCAAAAUGCAACGGAUGCUAGUCUUGCCUGACACUUCUCCAGUGGAAGUCAUGCUGUCAAUGAAGAUCCAGAAUGGAACUUCGAUGGCCCAUGGUGCUUGGUAUGAGUUUUGGACAUACUCUUGGGCGGACGGCAAGGGCUGGGACGAACAUUGCCACGGCUUCAUCAUCGCCAGAGGCCCCGAGCGAUCAAACCCAGUGGCUGAGGCAAAACUUGCCCUUGCACGAAAUCUCUCGGCGUUCACAGAAGAAUGCACUCAGGAUGUCAACCUGACAGAGACUUAUGCUAAUAUUGCCGCUACAGUGCUUACAUAUGGUCCAUUAUUCCGUGAAUUUUCCCGCAUUGCUCUCAGCGGAGAUGGCAAAUCGAUAGCCAACGCACGUGUGCCAGAUACCAAGAGUUGUAUGCCCUUUGGAUAUGAAACGAGGUGUCUGGUACACCCCGUCACCCUGGAUAUGUUCCUUCAGCAGUUCUGGUUCUUCUGUGGAUUUGACAAGGCCGGUCCCAACUUUUCCUAUUUGGCGGACUCGGUCAAGCACAUGCUCAUUCCAGUCAAUGAUGCCGUUGACAUCGGCACCAAGUUCAAGCUCUUCACCAGCCAAGAUCGCAGGCCGACUCAUGGGGAGAACGUCAGCUAUAGUGUUCUAGGAGUUGUUGAGGAGACUGGUGAGCCUUGGGUGACAGUGAAUGGAUUCACUGCGACACGCAUUAAUGAUGCACCCGAGGAUAUUGACGCUCAUUCCCUGAGAUCUGUUUGUUAUAAGGAGCAUUUCGAGCCAUGUUUUGACUUGAUGGAGACUUCCGGGACCACUCUACUUCAGCAUUCCAAGACCAACUUGGGAUGUUCAAUUGAGCAGAUGCGACUCUUAGAACAAGUGUCACAUUACUAUAUUGGUCGCGCGCUACUCGACAUCCCUAAGCAGCUUGGAAGCUUCCAGCCUCAUCACAAGCUACUCUACAAGUGGAUGCAGCAAGUUUGCCCAAAGCCUCUUGAAUCGGUUAAAAGGUGUCACAGUGACACAAUUGAACUGGUUCGCACCAUGAACGCUGCUGGUCAGCUGUCAUGCAAGAUCGGUGAAAACCUUCCCAGUAUUCUGCAGGGCCAUCAAGAAGCUCUGUCUAUCAUGGUCGAAGAUGAUCUGUUGAACCGUUAUUACGAGAGCCUUGAUGGCUACCGACAGAGCUAUCGAAACGCCAUGCUCUGUGUUGAAAAGAUGGCCCACCAGAAUCCACACAUGGAUAUACUCGAGAUCGGUGCUGGCACCGGAUCGGCGACUUUGCCCAUCUUGGAAAGUUUCGGAGGCAAGGAUGGAGAAAGUACACCACGCUUUCAUCACUUCAAAUACACGGAUAUUUCAACUGGCUUCUUUGAGAAGGCAAGAGAAAAAUUCCAUGACUGGGACUCCCUCAUGUCCUAUCAGAGUCUCGAUGUCACGAAAGAUCCAGUCGAUCAAGGAUACUCUUCCCAAUCAUACGAUCUUAUCAUUGCCUGUAACGUUUUGCACGCAACUCCUCGCAUUGGUGAGACUGUUGCAAAUGCCCGGAAGCUUCUGAAACCGGGUGGCAAGCUUCUUUUGAUUGAAGAGACUAUCAUGCAUCAGCGACUCUUCUUAUUCGCAUGCCUUCCAGGAUGGUGGGCCAGUCAAGAUGGAAGACACGUCAAUGGUCCUCUGUUAUCCCAGCAGGAGUGGGACACUGUCCUCAAAGAAAACGGCUUUUCCGGCGUCGACCUUUGCCUACAGGAUUUCCCUGGUGCAUUCGAAGCAUCCAACUGCAUGAUGAUUGCAACUGCUAGCGGGGACCCCAACCCAACGCAGCAAGAAGUUGUCGUUGUUGAGCACGGAACAUUGAGCACAAUUCCCACAGGGGCCUUGAUGGAAGGCCUCAAAGAAGUAACUGGCCGGGCUCCAGGUCUCACAUCGUUGAAUCAGGUGGACGCAACAGGCAAGAUUUGUGUCUUCAUUGGCGAGAUCGGUCAAACUCUACUUUCUGAUAUGUCCAAGGAUCUUUUCCCGACGAUCCAGCGACUAGUUACCACCGCAAAGGGCGUGUUAUGGGUCACCGGCCACAAGGAUUCGCCUUCUCAGCGGGCUAACCAGAACAUGGUUUUCGGUCUGGCACGGACUGUGAGAAACGAAACCGGUCUUCCAUUUGCCACUUUUGAUCUCGGCGAUCUGGAUAACGUCUCAGGGAAGGAAAUCGUGCGCCAUAUCAAGAAUAUCUUCAGAAAUGUCUUUGACUCAUCCUCUCGUUCUAUGCUCAUGAAAGGGGACAUGGAAUUCGCCCUUCGCAACGGAGAGAUUUGUGUUUCCCGUUUGGUGGAGGAUCCUGCGAUGAACUUGAGCAUGCUCCAAGAAGCAGGAAAAGCUCCUCCGCAACUCCAAGAAUUCCAACAAGAAGGCCGCCCUUUCGCGCUCAAGCUGACCGAUGUCGGUGCUCUAGAUGGAUUUUAUUUCACAGACGAUACCAUCAAGAGCGCACCUCUACGAGAAGGCUUCAUCGAGAUACAAGUUUGCUACUCAGGUCUCAAUUUCAAAGACAUCAUGAUAGUCAUGGGCGAGGUUCCUGGAACUGAAAUUGGCGCUGAAUGCAGUGGUAUAGUGACUGCUGUUGGCCGUGGUGCUCAUGAAUUCAGUGUUGGAGACCGUGUUUGCGCCUUGUUUAGUGGAUGUUUCUCGAAUUACAUUCACUGUCCUGCGACCAACGCUUGGAAAGUGCCAUCCGGUAUUCCCCUUAAUGUGGCAGCUACUAUUCCUGUGACUUUCUGCACAGCCUAUUACUCCAUGGUCGAUGUGGCUCGUGUCGAGCCCGGCGAGAAUGUCUUGAUCCACUCCGCUGCGGGAGGACUUGGACAGGCUGCCAUCCUUCUGGCCCAGUCCAUUGGAGCCAAUGUAUUCGCAACGGUCAGUACUCAGGAGAAGAAGGAGUUCCUCAAGAAAACCUAUGGCUUGAAAGAAGAUCAGAUUUUCUAUAGUCGUGAUACUGGCUUCGGUCAAGCUAUCCGUCAUGCGACGAAAGGUUACGGUGUUGAUGUGGUCAUAAAUUCUCUCAGUGGGGAUUUCCUUCGAGUUUCAUUUGAGACAUUGGCUCCGUUUGGUCGCUUUGUUGAGCUUGGAAAAAGGGACUUCCUGCAAAACUCUCGACUUGAAAUGUCACAUUUCUUGAACAAUGUCUCCGUCUCUUCUGUGGAUCUCGUCCUUGUGAUGCAGCGCAAGCCAAAGCUUUUGAAGAGACUGCUUGGAGAUGUAUUCCGAGAGUUCGGUGCGGAUGUAUUCUGCCGACCACCCUGGCCCAUCACAUCUUACUCUGUCUCGGACAUGGAGCAUGCUUUCCGUGAGAUGCGGACCGGUCGUCAGAUUGGAAAGAUUGUCAUUGAGAUGAAGUCAGAUGCAUUGGUCAAGGUCCAUCCUCCAACUAGAUCAGAUACACUUGUCAGUCAAGAUGCAACCUACAUCGUUGUCGGUGGUAACCGAGGCAUCGGUCUUGACAUCACCUCCUGGUUGGCCGAGAAGGGAGCUCGGCACUUGGUGAUCGUUUCUCGAUCCGGUCUUGUGGGCGAGGAAGCACAGAACGCGAUAAUUGGACUCAUCAACAAGGGAGUCACUAUUAAAGUGUGCCAAUGUAACGUCGGUGUCGAGGAGGAACUCGAUGCUCAACUGAAGAGAGCCCUAUCUGGUGUACCACCAGUCCGUGGAGUGAUCUACGGUGCUAUGGUCUUACGGGACGUUCCUUUCGAGAAAAUGCAAUAUGCGGACUACAGUGCGGUCGUCCAGACCCGCGUGAAAGGACUCUGGAACAUGCAUGACACUUUGAAGUCCCUGAAUCAGGAUCUUGAUUUCUUCAUCAGCCUGUCUUCGGUGGCAGGUGUGAUUGGAAACCUCACGCAAGCCGCCUACGCAGCCAGCGGAACAUUUAUGGAUGGCUUUGCAGAAGCCAUGAACACUCACGGUCUUCAAUGUACCACGAUUGAUCUUGCACCCGUUCGUGAUGUGGGAUAUCUCGCAAACGACCAAAAGACUCAGGACGUAGUCCAAGGCACUUUUGGCGGAAUGUGGCUCAAUGCAGAAGAUAUCCACGGUCUUCUGGCCAGUGCAAUCAAGGGUGUGAUGAAGGAUUCCUGCAAUAGUCACUGCAUCACUGGUCUCGAUUCAAUUCAGACAGAGAGUCUAAGUGCUGGUCAAGCCUGGACACAGGACCCGAGGUUCUCACAGUUGGUCCGCGCCGCAGCAGUCUCCGCAUCUUCGAAGUCGGGCGGUCAAUCAAAUGGUCUUGCAUCGGAAAGUCCUGCGAAGGCACUCCAGCAAGCACAGGAUCUUAGACAAGCUCAGGAUAUCAUUGCACAAGCUCUACUGAAGAAGCUGUGCAGCCUUCUUAUGCUCUCACUGGAGGACGUUGAUGUAUCCAAGUCAAUCUCAGCCUUUGGGCUGGAUUCACUUGUUGCUAUCGAGGUCCGACAUUGGAUCUCUCGCGAAUUUGACGCCGGUCUUCAGCUCUUGGAAAUUCUGGCUAGUGAUUCAGUCAGUGGACUGGCUGGAACAAUCAUGCACAAGUCCGGUGCUCUUCCCGAAGGUUUAAAGUCAUCAGUCACAAAUGGCACAUCCUAA